GGCUUGUCAAUCUUAUUCCUGUUCCUUAACCAUACAGAACCAAGACCAUGGAUAUCGAUAUAAUUGACGACGAAAUGUCUCAGGCUUACACCCAUAGGGCAAUUGGGAAGCGUCCUAGGGUUCCCGUGGAUGACGCACACCCGUUUGAGCUCGAGACCUACAUCAGCAGUUACUCAGGACGGACUUAUGUCGAUCGCCUCAUCCACAUCAUGUCUAUAUGCCCGACCCUCGCGCCACAGGCCUUCCAACUUGCCAUCCGUGAAGCGCAGAAGGGUCGCGACACUACCUUGUACCGCAGCAUCUUUCAAGCCUACGAUAGGGCACAUGCAGAUGCUCCUGAUGAGAUCCCUGAGGGCUCUUCGAUUGCGACAGUGGACCAUAAGUGGCUAGAGGAGACGAAUGCGAAGAACCAGGCAGAGAGGACAAAGCUGGAGGUGGAACUCAAAACCUAUACGAGCAACAUGAUCAAGGAGAGCAUCAGGAUGGCGCACCGCGAUCUCGGCGUAUUCUACCGUUCAGUCGGCGAGCAGGCCGCGUCGCUCAAGCACUACACCAAGUCCCGUGAGUUCUGCACGACCUCCCAGCACGUGCUCGACAUGUGUCUCUCCGUGCUCGAGCUCCUCAUGGAGCAGCGCAGCUACUCGCACAUCGGCACGUACGUCUUCAAGGCCGAGGCCGCGCUCGACUCCGCCACCUCCGUCCGCCAGGCUGCCCAUCAGGCCCCCGAGGCCCCCGCCGGCUCCGCGCAGGCCACGCGCGAGCGGCGCUCCGCCGAGCGUGAGCGCGUUCAGAGCAAGCUCGACGUCGCAACCGCGAUUUCGCACCUCGGGCAGAGCAACUACGAGAAGGCCGCGCAGGCGUUCUUGAAGGUCGGCCCGCUGAAAGGGCUUGAGGAGUGGAGUGGGAAGCUGAUCGCGCCUGGGGACAUCGCGAUCUACGCGACGCUGUGCGCGCUCGCGACGUUCUCGAGGCCGCAGAUCAAGUCGCAGGUGCUGGACAACGAUAAUUUUGGGGUUUAUAUCGAGCAGGAGCCGUACGUGCGCGAGCUGCUCGAGGCAUAUAUCAACAACCGGUUCAAGACGGUGCUCGAGAGCCUCGACCGGUACUCGACCCGCCACUACAUCGACGUGCACCUCGCGCCGCACGUCCUCAACCUGACGAACCUCAUCCGGAGCAAGGCGCUCGUGCAGUACUUCCAGCCGUUCGCGUCGAUCAAGCUCGAGCGCAUGAGCCAGGCGUUCGGCUGGUCCGUCGACGAGCUCGAACAGCAGGUCGUGCAGCUCAUCCAGGCCGGGGAGAUCAAGGCGCGCGUCGACCGCCAGAACAAGAUCCUCAAGGCGAAGGAGACCGACCAGCGCGCGGCGCUCUUCGCGAAGGCGAUCAAGAACGGGCAGGCGAUGCAGGCCGCGAACAGGAAGCUGUUGCUCCGGAUGCGGCUGCAACAAGCGGAUCUGGUCGUGAAGCCGCCGAAAGGCCAGGGGAUGGGAGGCGGGAUGAUGGAUAUCGCGGCGAUGACUGGGAUGACUGGGAUGCAUCAUCCCAGCUCAUAUAUGUCUGGGGACUACUAUUGAGACGAUUGGGUAGGGGACGACACGCGAUGACGAGCGCGAGAUGCUUCUUCGUGCGUAGCGAUCGUGUGCUCAUUGACAUAUGCCGCAACUGACUCGGCGUUGGCGACAUUGACCAUUGAACUCCAAUGUGUAGAAUGACUAUCUUUCAACGAUUAGUGUACCAUUUCAC